CGUUUCUUUUCCUUCCGUAGCAAAAUGUCACGACACCAGAAGACAUCUAAUGUUCACAAUUUAAGGGACAAUGAAAACACAAACAUUAGUCCAACAAGCAAUGCAGAAAACAGAGUGGUUAUAGUUAUUGAAGACACGCCACCUGGUUCACCCAUUCCCGAAAGUAGUCAAGCAAAGGAAGAUAACAGGGUGGUCAUUACAAUUGACGACACGCCACCUGGUUCGCCUAUUCGUGAAAAUACCCAAGGAGAGGAAGGUGAUAGUACCACCAAUCAAAGUGGUAAUCCGCGUAACCGUAAUACGGAUACAAGAGUGGAUUAUAGAGCUGAGAAUAGGGAUCGUUUUUCUUGCCGAAGCCCAUCCCCGCGCCGUCAUCGUACACGGUACCCUUCAGGAUACUAUCGUCGAUCACCUUCGCCCCAUAACAUGAAUAGGUAUGGUCAUUCAAAUUCAUCAAGACGCCUCCGUCUUUCAUUGUCUCCCCAACGACGAGGUCGCUCAAAUCCACCAAGACGCCUUGUUCGUUCAUCGUCUCCCAAACGCCGAAGUCCUUCACCUACAGUACGAAUUCGUAAGCGUUUACCCUCUCCACUUCUCCGUGAUUGUUUACGCGUAGCAAGACUUUGUAGUCAAUCGAAACCAGAACGUAAACUCAAGUUAUCGGAAAAACAAGACCGACAGAGUAUACCAAAUUCGCCAGUAUCCAGCCAAAACCCCAGCAUACCGCCACCCCAAGCAGAAUCCAGUAUGCCACCACUUAGGGUGCCUGUAUCUAACCCAGAACCCGUCAUGACAACACCUCAAUCAGGACCCUAUCGUUCAUCAUCUGCCAUGCGCCACUCAGCAUACGGUCGCUUCACUCCUAAUUACAUAUCUAUUAUUAAAUCGUUGGACGCUUUACCGAUAAAGGUUAUGGAAAACUUUGGACAUAUGAAUAAGACAUUACCAGCCGGUCAGGACACAACUCAUUUCGAGGCUAAAGAAGGUGGACAAACAGGUAUGACUGAUAAUACUUUAAUUGAAACAGACAGGGAUGAUAAUGUCAUUGGUAAAGACAUGUUAGCUAUGAGGGAAAAUACACCAGAAGCUGUAGAGGUGCCUACGCCAGUGACGACAGAGUCGUCUAAACCAGUACUUACAAAAACCACCAAUCCAGCAGUCGCAGAUAAAAUUCUGCCAGUCGUAUUGUGUACACCUAAACCAGUGGUAAGUAUGUUUAGUUACCUACAGAACCAUAUUGACAGUAGAAAUAAGGAAUAUGGGAAUCAACCAUCCCUUAAAAAUAAUGAUAUCAACAGCGGCAGCGGCAACGGGACAAUAGCGCCAGCUUCUGUGCGAUUUGUUGAAAAACACUCUGCUAGCGAUGAUUUGGGUGGUACCAGAAAGAAGGUGGCAAGACUGUUACCACCAUGGAGAGUGAAGAUGACAGAUGAUGGGGAUAUCUAUUAUUAUAAUCCCAUCACAGGCGCAACUAGCCAAACAAGACCCUCAUAAACAUAUAAUCAAUGUAUAAUAAACGUCAUUUUCAUAAUUUUUAAUACAAAAAUAGCGCAUGAUCUAUUCCUAGAAAAAAAAAAGACACAAGGUCUCUCAUCUUCU